GUAGCAAUGUUUUACUUUUAAGGAAAGUAAUGCGAAAGUAUAUGUUAUGUUGUUUUUGAGUUUUUUACUUUUUGUUAACAGUAACUUUUUAUAUACACUUAAGAAUGACACUAACUGUUCAAACUAUUUCUUUAAAAUAGCUAAAACAACACAAUUCUUGAGUUUUUAGGGGAAAACUUAAUUGUUUUAUUUUCAAUUCACUUAUAAUAGUAAAAACUAACUUAACCUAAUUCCUUUAUGUUGUCCCUACACAAUCAAUUGUGUGGAACCCAACAUUUUUACAGUGUACAAUAUAUAAGAAUGUCAUUGAUAGAAAAGUUUUAUUCUUUUUAAUAUUUGCUUUUUAUAUUCCUUUUAUUACAGUUAAAGCAACCUAAAGUUCAAAUUUUAAUUGUAUGUCUCUACACAUAAUCACACUCUUGACUGCAGUUCUAAUUGGUCAAAUGAUUGGAAUUGUCAAGAAUAUUGUGCUGACAAAAAAUGUAUUAUAAUAAUCAAUACCUGUGUAAAAAAUGUCCUCAAAGGACUGCCCUUUGAGCAACCAGAAUGAAUUCUUUUGCAUUUAGUCUGUAUUGUACGGUGGCCGAGAGAGCUUAACGCAAAGAAAACACAUGCAAUUACAAAAGACGCCAGCAAAUUAAGAAAAGAUCAUCAUCUAUUUGACAGCAUGUGAGCUGCAAAUCCUCACAACGCGAACAUAGUUGUUAAAAAACGCACUGUAUUUUCCCAUAAUGCAAAUAAAUAAAUAAAAAACGCGCUGCAUUUUCUCACAACACAAACAAUUUACAAAAGUGCACUGCAUUUUCUCACAACACUUUCAAAUAGCAUGGGACACAACAGAAAUGUUUCAAAAAGACACUAAAAUGUGACCGACCUGGCAAUUUCUGUUAUGGUUAUUUAGGCUAAUAAAUUACAAAAGACAAGGAAAUCAGGAUGUGAAAAUAAACAAACAAAAAACUCACUUUUUAAAGACCACCUACAACUUCAUUGUGCAUAGUCUUUUCAUAGUUUUUAAUAUGUAUGUGUUGUGAGGAUAUCUUCAAAUGGAUUAAGAUCUUUUUUUAAUUUGCAGGCUUUUUGGUAAUUGUAUGUAUUUUCUUAAAUUGCAGCACGUUAUACUCUCUUAGCCAGCGUAGUAUUGCUCCUUUGCUAAAACUUUAAAUCCUCCUGUGUUAUUUUUUAUUUGACAAACAUCAAAAACUAUUGACUGCAAUUUUUGAUGAAACUGAUCUGCAGUAUUUCAGAAACACAUGGGCAACCAGGUCACUCACAAGAGCGAACUACUGCAGCAGAUGAAACCGGAUAUGCAAUGGGAAAAUAAAGUCAAGCAGUGCCCAUUUUCUAAGCAAUUAAAGAACUAUCAGGAUAGUUCGUGCCAUCAAGAUGUGUUACAUCACAGAGCGGUUAAGAGCCAUAUUUGUUCGUCUAAGAUUUGUGAAGGGUCAAUCAUGACUCCAAAAUCUUUGACGCGCUGUCCCAUGACCACUUUGCAUUGUUCUGAUGACAUCCUCGUGCAAGCUGUUGACUUCAUCAAUCAAUACUACAAGUCAGUUAAAAACUCAAAGAUUGAGGAACACUUGUCUCGUGUGGAGGAAGUUGCAAUGGAAAUAGAUGCUACUGGAUCAUAUCAACUCACCACAAAAGAGCUGGAAUUCGGGGCUAAACAAGCAUGGAGGAAUGCUCCAAGAUGCAUUGGCAGAAUUCAAUGGGCUAAUUUGCAGUUGUUUGAUGCGCGUAAAUGCCAAACUGCUGAGGACAUGUUUCAGAUGUUAUGUGAUCAUAUUCAGUUUGCUACCAAUGGAGGCAACCUGAGGUCUGCCAUCACUGUGUUUCCUCAAAGAGCUGAUGGCCAGCAUGAUUUCCGUGUGUGGAAUAGUCAGCUCAUACGAUACGCUGGCUAUAAGAUGAUAGACGGCACAUUAUUAGGAGAUCCUGCCAGUGUUGACUUCACUGAGAUUUGUAUCCAGCUUGGUUGGACUCCAAAGUACGGUCUAUUUGAUGUACUUCCACUGGUGUUACAAGCUAAUGGAGAGGACCCCCAGCUUUUUGAAAUUCCCAAAGAUUUGAUUUUGGAAGUUCCCAUGGAGCACCCACAGUAUGAGUGGUUUAAGGAUUUGAACCUGCGUUGGUAUGCAUUGCCUGCGGUGUCCAACAUGUUGCUGGAGAUUGGUGGUCUUGAAUUCCCAGCAUGUCCUUUUAACGGUUGGUACAUGGGCACUGAGAUUGGAGUGAGGAACUUCUGUGAUACCCAGCGCUACAAUGUUCUUGAGCACGUUGGCCGUCAGAUGAGCUUGGAGACUCAAAAUCUGUCCUCGCUAUGGAAGGACCAGGCUCUGGUGGCCAUUAAUGUAGCAGUCAUGCAUAGUUAUCAGAAAAAUAAAGUCACCAUUACUGACCACCAUUCUGCAUCAGAGUCCUUCAUGCAGCACAUGGAGAUGGAGGUGCGUCUGCGUGGAGGAUGUCCAGCCGACUGGGUUUGGCUGGUGCCGCCAAUGUCUGGAUCUCUGACUCCAGUCUUUCACCAGGAAAUGCUGAACUACAUCCUCUCACCUUUUUUCUACUACCAGCCUGAAGCCUGGUUGACGCACAAGUGGAAGGACAUGAAGAGAAAAGCGAGGCGCUGUACAAUCAGCUUUAAAGGACUGAUCAGAGUAGUUCUCUUCUCACAAGCACUUAUUAAGUUGGCUAUGGCCAAGAGAGUGUGUUGUACAGUUCUCUAUGCCACAGAAACUGGAAAAUCACAGACUUUCGCUAAGAAACUAAACGGCAUCAUGAACUGUUGCUUCAGCUCCAGGGUUGUUUGCAUGGAGGACUACAAUGUAAGUGAACUUGAGAAGGAAAGCCUCCUAAUUGUUGUUACUAGCACCUUUGGCAAUGGCGACUGUCCAGGAAACGGUGAGAGUUUCAAAAAGCAGCUUCUCAGCCUAAAAACCCUCAGAACCAAAGUCAGGUACUGUGUGUUUGGUCUUGGCUCUCGGAUGUAUCCACACUUCUGUGCAUUUGCCCAUGCUCUGGAUGCUAUGUUUGCAUCAUUGGGAGCCAUCCGUGUUUCCAGUACAGGAGAGGGAGAUGAGCUGAAAGGACAGGAGGAAUCGUUCUCAUCCUGGGCUUGCACUGCCUUUAAGGAUGCAUGCAAGGAGUUUAAUGUUCAAGGGCAACUUCCAGGAACUGAUUGUCUGGUGGAUUCCUGGGAUUCGCAGAGAUACAGAGUUCAGAAUGACAGCUGUACAGUUGACCGAAUCACUGCUCUGUCGACUCUUCAUUCUAAAGCUGUGGUUCCCAUGAAACUGAAGAGAAGGCAGAACCUGCAGAGUGCAAAGUCAAGUUGUGCUACAAUAUUGGUGGAGCUGGAAAUGGAAGGAAACACAGAGCCCUUAAACUUCACCCCAGGAGACCAUGUGGGGAUUUUCGCAGGGAACUCACCUGGAUUAGUGGCUGGCAUCUUAAAGCAUCUGUCCAAUGCCAAUCCUAUCAACCAGAGCCUUCAGCUGGAAUUCCUCAGUGCCCAUGCUGAUGGUGAAAGGUGGCAGAGAGAUGAACGAAUACCGCCAUGCUCUCUUGCCCAGGCUCUCACCUACUAUCUGGACGUCACCAGCCCACCCUCUCAAAGCCUCCUCCGCAAACUCUCAAAGAUAGCCAGACAGGAGGAUCACAGACAGCACUUGCUCGCUCUGGCAUCAGACUUUCAGGUCUACACAACAUGGAAGGAUUUCUUCAAGCCGACUUUCCUUGAGGUGCUGGAGGAGUUUCCCUCUCUGGAACUUUCGGCUGCUUUUCUUCUCAGUCAGCUGCCUCUGCUGAAGCCCCGACUCUACUCCAUCAGCUCCUCUCCUGACCUCCACCCUCAGGAGCUCCACCUUACUGUUGCUGUAAUUAGUUAUUAUACACAGGAGGGAAAAGGUCCACUUCAUUUUGGUCUGUGCAGUAACUGGCUCAACACCAUCAAAGAAGGAGACACGGUGCCAUGCUUUCUCCAUAGCUCUGACUGGUUCCAUCUUCCGUCGGACCCUAACGCUCCAUGUAUUCUGGUGGGAGUUGGCAGCGGCAUUGCUCCCUUCCGUAGCUUUUGGCAACAGCAAUUCCAUGACAUGAAUAAAACAGGUUUGAAAGGCAAUCCGAUGACACUUGUGUUUGGGUGUCGAAGUUCAGAUACUGAUCAUCUGUACAAAGAAGAGAUUCUGGACAUGAGAGACAAUGGUACUCUAAGCAGCAUCACAACAGCGUACUCUAGGCAGACUGGACAAGCUAAGGUUUAUGUCCAAGAUAUCUUGCGAGAGCAAUUAAAUGACAAGAUUUUUGAGGUUCUGCACCACAACUCAGGACAUGUGUACGUCUGUGGAGGGGUGAACAUGGCCUGCGAUGUAGCUGCUACUGUCAAGGAGAUCCUAGUCAAUCAGAUGGGCAUCACUGUUGCUCAGGCUGAGGAGUAUCUGUCAAGGCUCAAGAAUGAAAAACGGUACCAUGAGGACAUCUUCGGAUACUAGUGCUCAAGAUCACCUGGACCAUUUAGAUUUUUUUCAAAACCCAGAUACACCAAAAAGAAGAAUGUUUAAUCCUGUAAUUCUUUAAUUUUAUGCAUCUUGUUUGUAAGAAAUGGACUCUUUUAUCAAGACUUCUGACAUUCAUCGGUCAUCUGCAUCUUAAAUCCUUGAAAGUUUUUAAUAAUUAGAUUUUUUUAAUGUAUAAAAAUUUAUAUGUAUUUAUGUAUGUAUGUUAUCUUUGCAUCAAAUUACAAAAAACAAAUUACU